UAUUUAAAGACUUUGAAGCAUCCUAUUAUGUGCUUUUGUAUGGGGUGACUUUGUAACCAUCAUGGGCAGAAUCCCAUUUCAAGGUCUUCUGUAAGCCAUCUGCUUUCAUUAAUAGCUUUUGGAUUUGGCAUGUGGCUCAGUGCAGAUUAAAAUAGCCACAUUUCUGCAAAACUUUCUUUACCUCCUGCAUCAGUUUGGCCUUCCCAUUGAGCCUUCGCAGGCUGGGUGCACCCUCAUGGGAGAGGGUGCUCUGCGUUACACCCUGCUCUCAGUGUGUGCCCUCCAGCUUCUCCCUGGGUGAUGGGGGAUGUGUGACCCAGCGCAGAGGCGUGCUGGGGUGCACCGUGUCUGCACCUCUACGUGCUCCUGGGAUUGCUUUGAAAGGAAACCCAGCUAUGUGCAAAACUGGCACGUGGCCUGGCUCCCAGCCAUCAGGGUGUCAGGGUAUGGUCAGAAUAUGCUGGGCUCAGGACUACAGAGUGCCGCAUGUGUGUGAAAUUUUCUCUCUGCUUCAAGGUGACCUCUGUGGGUUGGGUGUUGGGUACGCUGGCAUGCCACUCUAGAUAGCUUCCACUGCUGUAGCCCAAACCAUUCCUCUUCUAAAGGGAGAAAACUUUAACUUUUGACUGUGUGAGUCCUGCUGACACCGAAUAGUUAUAACGCAGGUGGUUCAGUGGCAGAAACAUCAGCCUAGGGCACACAGAUUCAAUUCCUUGCUUUGGCAUGUCCUUCCCAUACAGCACUUGGUAAGUCCAUCAGUCCAUCGGUUUUCUACAUGUAAAAGAUGCCUCAUCUGCCCCAAAAGUCAGUCUUCUGUGUUGGUUUCUGUUACAGUGCAUUUGGGAGAGCUCAACUGGAGGUACAGUGGUGGUACGGGUCAGAAAUGUUUCUGCUUAACACGCAGAAACAGAGACCUGCUGCUUUUCCCAAAGCUCCUUCAGAACAUUUAUGGUGAGCUGUGGUCUUGGUGGCCUCGUUCACAGCAAUGCCUGUGUACCGCUGUCGUGGUUUAACCCAGCAACUUUGCUCACUCAAGGGGAAACAACGGCAAUGCAAAGCCUGAAAGUCAGUUCAGCAGCGGGACCGGCAAUGAAGGGAUCCUCUGAAAAAAUUCCAGAGCAUAAUGAAGCUUCCUUAAGCCCAACUGUAAUGACAGGGGAUUGGUUUUGUAUGAUUAGCUUAAGUCUAUGCCCUAUCAGCCAGUCUUCAUGGUGGGCCAUUCCCUGUCUCCCUGGCAAUGGGAGGCAGCCCAGGUCUUUGCUCCAAGCCUUCAACGCAGUACUGCCUUGGGGAGGAGCAACACAGGAUCGUCUGCUUGAUGUUUAUCCCUGCCCAUGGCAGGGGUGUGGGAACUAGAUGAUCUUUAAGGUCCCUUCCAACCCAAACCAUUCUGUGGUUCUGUGUUGCCCUGCAUGGGGAAGCUUUAGGUUUUGCACUGUUUUCUUUUCAUUUGUGUGGGGUUUUUUUAAGAAGCAAAGCAACACCGGUCUUAAAACAAAAGCAGUUCUGAUUUUUCAACAAUGUGUGAAUUUCUUACAGCAGUCAAAGAUGAUUUGAAGGGCCAGAGUGCUCACUCCCAUCACUACAGAAAUGGCAGAUGUGGAUGGACCAGGCUGGCUUUUAACUCUCAGCUCAUCAGUAGAAGAGUCUGUACUGAGAAGAUUCCACAUGUUAAGGGGCUUCCUCUUAACAGACUCAAGCCGGACUAUCUCACCUAGCUUUUUUUUUUAAGCCCUUUCCUCUCUCCAUUUUUCUCGGCCUGGGUAUCCUGUUCCUGGAGCAUGCCAAACGUAGUUUUUAUUGCAACUUCUUGAAUCUUCGUGGAGAGCAAGGUCUGCUUGCAGUGAUACGUGGCAAGAUGUUUCUAUUUUGAGCCAAGGCUCAUGUUGGGGGUUUUUUGAGAGAGAAGGAAACCUUUAUUGGAAUCCUGCAAGGUUUUGUUUCAUUUCCUCCACAGUAUGAGACAUGGUAACUGCUGCAGCCUCCCUCACGGUGGUGAGUAAUUCCUUCCAGUGGUCCUUGGUUUUCACCCUCAUCCUGAGCUGUUGGCUUUCCCUUGAGCUCGACUCGGCAGUGUCUGAUGAUCCAGCUGUCAUUUGCUAGGAGGUUGACCCAUCUCCUCUCCCCUCCAGCCUGAAGGUGUUCAAAAGGAAGUCAUAAAGUUGAUAUUUUCAUUGUAGAAACAUGGUCUGUCCAAGUUUUUUACAUGUUUUUGUCUCUCUUAAAGUAUGUUCUCCCCUGAGUCUUGGCUCAGGGGCUAAGGAAGUGUGUUGCUCAUGAUCACAUCUUUGAGACACCUCAGUGUCUUAACAUCUUUCACAAGAAUGUGUUUCUGAGGAGCCAGUCAUGAAGUCUGGAGUUUAUCAGUCAACUUCUUACAUGGUAGAAAGAUAAAAUUAGUUCCAGAGAAAGAGAGAUGUUGGAAAGGACACAAAAUCCUGGUAGAAGGAGGAGUAAUGGUUUGCAGCCAUCAGAUAUUUCAGAUCACACAAGGGGAUCAGUACUCCAGAUGGAAAUAGGAACAUUCAUUGUUACAGUGUUUCUUUGAAAAAUUUCCUAGCAUGAAUGUAGGGACCCUCGAGACCUAAUGAGGGGAGAUGCUUUCAGAGGAGCUGUAGCUUCAUCAGCCUUUGUUCAGAGCUGCCAAAAUGUGAAACAAGAAGUAAAACUCUGGUCUUGUCCAGGAAGACAGUAACAGGGAGGUGGAAGGAAAUAAACCUGUUGGUCAAGACAAAUUCUGAUUUGCCUCUUCAAACUUUGCAGCUGGUUGCUCUUGAGAGUUUCCUUCAGGUCCCAUGUAAGCAUUUGUUUGUCAUUUUGUUUCAGUACUCCUUGUUGGUUGUGGCUGGCUCUGAGGAGGUUGGUGUUCAGGCUGGUGCUGGAAGCUGUCUGCUGGUCAUUGGCUUCUAGCCAGAAGAGGAGUCAGUUGGCUGCCUCAUCAGAGCUUGCUUUGAGGGGGAGAACCAUGAUUUUAGACCAGCAAAAGUUACAGUGUCCGCAGGUCGGGCAGAAAUCUGAGGAGCUAAGCCUGGUAUGAAAACCAAAAGAGGUUUUGAUAUGCCGCAGUACUUGUACUGACUUUGCUGUCUUGUAGGAAUGAUGGGGAACUAGAGCCCAUGACAGUUCAGUGGAGCCGUUGGCACUUUUGAUAUCUCGACAUCUUCAGUUGUCUAAAAGCAAGCCAGUUCCAGAAUAAGGACAGCAGCAGGUGAUAUAAUGCGGAAACCAGGCCCUCAAAAAGCCAUAGACUGGAAAGAUGGUAAAAAGCACAAGUAUGGCCGCCCGUCAGAGUCUCCUUCCCAGUACCAAGGUCACUUCACCUGGGAGAAAUACCUGAAAGAGACAUGUGCCAUCCCAGCUCCUGCCCAUUGCUUCAAGCAGUCAUACACUCCACCCGCAAAUGAAUUCAAGAUCAGCAUGAAACUAGAAGCCCAGGACCCCAGGAACACCACCUCCACUUGCAUUGCCACAGUGGUGGGUCUGACAGGUGCACGCCUCCGCCUGCGCCUUGAUGGCAGCGAUAACAAGAAUGACUUCUGGCGGCUGGUGGACUCAGCUGAAAUCCAGCCUAUAGGAAACUGUGAGAAGAAUGGAGGGAUGCUGCAGCCUCCACUGGGCUUUCGGCUGAAUGCCUCCUCUUGGCCCAUGUUCCUUCUGAAGACUCUGAAUGGAGCAGAGAUGGCUCCUGUCCGGAUUUUUCACAAGGAACCACCAUCUCCAUCCCAAAACUUCUUCAAGACAGGUAUGAAGCUGGAAGCAGUGGACAGGAAGAACCCUCACUUCAUCUGCCCGGCCACCAUUGGGGAGGUGAGAGGUUCUGAGGUCCUCAUAACAUUUGAUGGCUGGAGAGGUGCCUUCGAUUACUGGUGCCGAUAUGAUUCCCGGGACAUCUUUCCCGUAGGCUGGUGCUCGCUGACUGGAGAUAAUCUGCAGCCCCCUGGGACAAAAGUUGUGAUUCCAAAGAGCCCUUUACCUGCCUCCGAAGUAAACUCGGAGAAACCUAGCAUGCACAGUAGCACAAAGACUGUUUUGGGGCAUCAACAAGGGCAAAGGCGUCGCAAAACAGGGAAGAAGCGUGGUCGAACGACCAAAGCGCUAAUCCAUCACCCCAUGCCUACACCCUCCAAGUCAGUGGAGCCUUUGAAAUUCCCCAGAAAGAGAGGCCCCAAGCCUGGCAGUAAGAGGAAACCUAGGACAUUGCUGAACCCAGCACCCACCUCUCCAACAACCAGUACCCCAGAACCAGACACAAGCACUGUGCCCCAGGAUGCUGCUACAAUCCCCAGCUCUGCCAUGCAGGCUCCCACAGUUUGCAUUUACUUGAACAAGAAUGGCAGCACUGGGCCCCACCUAGACAAGAAGAAGGUUCAGCAGCUGCCGGACCAUUUUGGACCAGCUCGAGCUUCUGUUGUCCUGCAGCAAGCAGUACAGGCCUGCAUUGAUUGCGCUUAUCAUCAGAAAACAGUCUUCUCCUUCUUAAAACAAGGCCACGGGGGAGAGGUCAUCUCAGCUGUGUUUGAUCGGGAACAGCACACUCUGAACCUGCCAGCAGUAAACAGUAUCACCUACGUCCUCCGCUUCCUGGAGAAGCUCUGCCACAAUCUUCGCAGUGACAACCUCUUUGGGAACCAGCCUUUCACUCAGAACAGCCACAUGCAGCGCUCACACGAGUACGACCACGACAGGUAUCUACCAGACAGAAGCAGUUCGUUAGACGGCACUCUGCAGGGACCAGGCCGGGGUACAAAGCGAUAUUCCCAAGAUUCCCCUCCAUACAGUGCUCCUCUCUCCCCCAAGUUACCAAAGAAUGACCGUCACCCUUUGGAAGGUGAAACCUUUGUUCUGGGAGAUGGCCUCCCAGGGCCCUUGGAGCCUCGCCUGGACCCCAUGGACUCAGCCUUGAACUCUGUCAAUUCAUCCAGCCACAGCAGGAGCUCCAGAGACUAUCGCCUGCAAGGAUACAGGCACCUGCACCAACCCUCUAGCCUCACCCAGGGCAGUACCUCUGCCUUGCGUAGGCUUAGCUCUGGGGGCUCAGAUAGAUACCUUGGAUCUCGAGAUGUGUCGCGGCUGAGCAGCCGCGACCCCUCGUCCUGGACAGUGGAGGAGGUGAUGCAGUUCAUACGGGAAUCGGAUCCACAGCUGGGACCCCACGCUGACCUCUUUCGAAAACAUGAGAUCGACGGGAAAGCCCUUCUCUUGCUGCGGAGUGACAUGAUGAUGAAGUACAUGGGGCUGAAGCUGGGGCCAGCCCUGAAGCUCACUUACCACAUCGACAAACUAAAGCAAGGCAAGUUCUGAGAGGACGCUUGGCAGGACGGAUCCUGGAAGCUCCGCUCCUGGCCAUCCAUACCCGCGCUCGCCUGCUGACAGGUACGCAUGCACACACACCCAUUUACGCCACAGACGGACACCUUGCCGACACCCCGGCCCCGCUGCAGGGGUCCAGCCGCCUGCCCGCCCCUGCGCCAGCAGCCAGGCCCCAGCAGGCGCUCGGGAGGAGGCUGGCGCACAGUUGGCCCCGGGCCUUCGCACUGGACUCGAGUCAUGGGCAUCCUGUUGGAAGCGGAGGGUCUCUCCCUGCUGCCCAGCCAGCGCUUCUCUGCAGGCUCCUGGUCCUGCUUCCCUGGGAUGGAGCAGCGGCUCUGGGCAGAGCCUGUGGGGAGAGGGCACUCGCGCCGGCUCCUCUCCCUCUCGCUGUUGUUCGUGCGCUCCCGGUCUCGCCUGCUCGGGGCGGCCCUCGGCUCCCAUCCCCUCGGAGGGGUGGUGGGCUGGGGGGGCUGGACGCUUUGCGCUUCACCGGGCAGCCCGGCUGCGAGGGGGACGGUGCCCCUGACCCACGCUCAGCCCCCAUAGCACCGCGCCGAGCUCAGAGCAACGACUGCCCCCAUGCCCGUCUUCCACGCCUUGGGGGAGCCCAUCCGCCUGUCCCGGGGGCCGCUCACCUCCCGAGCUCUACCUGCCCCUCAGCUCCCAGCCUUCCUCCAGCUGGGGACGCCGGGCCGGGAAUGGAGGCCUUUGUAUUUAUUUCUGACUGGGGAGGCCGUGGGGCGGCACACGGCACUGUCCAGGAGCGUGGAGCGAGCUGCGGGAGAGCUGAGAAGCGUGGCUGGGUCUGGCAUACCCGUGGCAAGGAUGGACCUGGGUCGGCAUCAGAGACUGGCUGGAUGCUGCAGGACUCGACUGAUCCUUCUCUCCUUUUUUUUUUGAGUAUUUUUUUUCUUUUGGGGGGAUUUUUUUUUUUUUUUUAUAAGGAGUUGUCUGUUUAAAAUGAUGAAAUGAUUUUUCUACCUGUUGCUGAACUUGCAACUCUUGGCGAUUUUUAGCCAGAGAUGCAAAGGUUCAUCUUCCCAGGGGCCCUCCCGGUCCUCUGGUGUUUCGGUCCGUCCCAGCUCAGCGUGUGCGAGAGGGUGUUGGGUCUGGCAAGUCAGAGGAUCCCGGUGUGGUGACCUGCCCUUGCGUUGCUCUUCCUGCGAGGGCUUUGCCUUACCUGGGGGCACCUGUUUGUUUCAGACAGUCUAAUGUAUUUAUUUUUGAUGGCACUUGAGCAGUAACCCGCUGUCCCACGCAUGUUACUGCAGCUGCAAGAGGAGUAUCGGAGCGGAGGCCACCCAGCCGUGCCACCCUGUCCCCUGGGCAGCGGCUGCCAGGCUUGGGGCUGCCUGGGGGGACAGGGGCUGUGUGGUUCCCUGGAGCAUCGCCUGCCCCGGCCUGGGAGGAGCUGGGGAAGGGCUGACGGGGAGAGGUGCAGCGGCGGCGAGGGCUGUCCCAGGCAUGUGCCCACGCAUGCACCCACAGCACGCUCCCGCACACGCUUCCUUUCUGCAAUGACCAAAGGGCUGGGACGGAGAUCUCCACCGCAAGCACUUGUUUCUUCUCCUGCCUUUAGCUCACCCUCUGUGCAUCCAGAGCAACGUCUCACACCCUCUUCCCGCCAGCCUCGAGGGCCCUGGCCAGCAGCAGAACGGGCGCCCUGGUGAACAACCCUCCAGUCUCUUGCACUGGGUCAGGUUUACCCCUAAGGGGAAAAGUUGCAAAAAAACAAACAAAAAAAAACCCCAAAACCCAAACCCCAAAGUAAUAAAAAGGCUUUUUGUUGUACAGCAAAGUCUGUGCUGCAGUCCCUGCUGCGGUCCCUGCUGCUGCCCCGGUGUGGUCGGAGGGAGGUGGGGCUCUGGCCACUCGCAGAGCCCCGUUGCUCACAGCAUCAGCCCCGGGAUGGCCCUCGUUUUUACCUGAUGCUGAUCCUGCUGGCCCACUACAGACAGGUCCCCGUGCGGGGUCAGCCAGUGCUUUCCUCUGCACUUAUUUUACGUUGAUUUGUUUAUAAAUAAAAGGAUAACUAAGUUCCUCC